AAGAACGGAGCUCCUCCUACCGGACGCUCCCUAGCCCUGGCCCUGGCCCCGGCCCCGCCCCCAAGAGAGGAAAAGCUUGGCCGCCAUGGAUGGACAGCCGCCCCGGGGCGGCGACGGGCCCCUAGCCGAGGCCCACGCGCACUUCCGGAGCGGCGAACAUGACGAAGCCGAGGCGCUUUAUUCGGCCUAUAUUCGCCAGUGCGUCUGCGCAGCCGGGGGAGCGCGCGCUGGCCCCCCCUACUCCCCGGAGGAUCUGGCCACUGCCUACAACAACAGGGGUCAAAUCAGAUAUCUUCGGGUGGACUUUUACGAAGCCGUGGACGAUUACAGCGCCGCCAUCCAAACCCUGCCCCAUUUUGAGGUGCCCUAUUACAACCGAGGCCUGAUCUACUACAGGAUGGGGCAGUUUGAUGAAGCUUUUGAAGAUUUCAAGAAAGUGCUAGACUUGAAUCCUGGUUUUCAAGAUGCUAGGCUGAGCUUAAAACAGACUAUUUUAGAUAAAGAAGAAAAACAGAGAAGAAAUUAUUAAAAAUUCUACCAUAAGGAAAACAUUGACUGACUUUUUCACCUGACAACCUGGAUUUUCUUUGUUAUUGACUAGAGCAGAAGAAUACAUGGAGCUGUUUUCAUUCCCAUGUAAGAUAAAGAGACUCUUGAUAGCAGGUGGGAGCCAGAAUGGCCCGUGGCCUGGGCCUGUGGGUGGUUUUCAGGGUGACCGAAGGUGAACGAUCAUUUUCACUGCUUGUGUUGAAUGAUGGUUUUUAAAUGUUCAAAUAUUUGAAUUGGGAAAAAUGUAUAUUUUUUGUAGUUGAGAUUUACAGAUGUGUGCAGUUUUUCUUUAAUGAUCUUAUUUUAGUAGGUCUGUGAUAAAACAAAAAUUAUUAGAGUGAAAAAAAAAGAUACUUCUCAAGGAAGUAUAAUGUGAAAUCGUACAUUCCUUACACGGCUGUGGUCAGCAGGUACUUUGCACACCCUAACAGAUUGCAGAGAAGGGGCUGUCCUACCCCAGAGAACGUCUGGAUGUGGCUGAGAUGAGGACUUACUCUCUGCAAACACUGUGCAAAGAGUCCUGUCAGAAGACAGUUUGAUUUUUCUGGUGAGAGUUAUUGAUGACAUGUCAAUAGACAAUAAACCUAAAAAUACAGUC